AUGCCCGCUUCAAGGAAUAUCGGUAUUGCUUCGGCACGAAACACGGCUUCUUCAUCUUCAUCUUCUACGGAGAGAUCUGGUAGUGUACAGCCUGUGGACAAGUCGACUGGACGGAUGCACAAAAGAUCUCGCUCUGGUUGCUUUACCUGCCGCCUACGAAGAAAGAAGUGCGACGAAGGCCACCCCGCUUGCAAGGCUUGUACAAACCUCAAUGUCAAGUGUGAAUAUAAACGACCUGUUUGGUGGGGCACCCCGGAGCAAAGAAGACAACAGAAAGAGCGGAUAAAGACCAAAAUCAAGCAAACCAAGUCGCUGGAGCGAAGUGGAUCUCUCCAAGAUCAUAUGAACCGAGUUCUCUCAUCAGCAAGUCCUGGAGAACAUGAAUACCACCACCCCUCUUUUGUGGAGAAUUUUGAUCCAUCCAUUGGGGCGCACUUCUCUACGCCUGGAUUCGUUCCUAUAACCUACUCUCGCUAUACCCCAUAUGAGGUUGAUGUUAGAACUGAGCGACAAACCUUUGUCAAUGAUGUGCCCUUGCGACAUGACUCUUCAAUCUCGACUUUCAAUACAAUGGGCCCCCCACAGCUUCAUGCUACACUCCCAACUUUCCCAGCCGAUGAUUGGCUUCAGGAUGACUGCUUCGACUCUUCUCAUCAAUUCUCCGAGGCUGAUCCAGGUCUCCUUGGCCAGAGCAUUGGGCAAUCCUAUGCUUCCAUGCAUGCUAAUAUCCCUGUCGACGACUAUGAUCGACCCCUACUGGAUCAUUUCGUGGACAAUGUCUUGCGGAUGAUCUUCCCAAUCCUAGAGGUUCAUCAACGCGGUUCCGCACGCGCUAGAUCGGUGCUUCAGUCCCUCGAAACGAACAAAUCAUACUUUCAUUGCUGUCUCAGUGUUUCUGCAAUUCAUCUCAAGUCAACUACUGGAUUGAACGGAGAACAAAUUGAUCAUGAUAUCAUGCGACACCGUUAUGAAGCGAUUUCCGAAUUAUGUCAGGCAUUGAACAAGGAUGCCGAUCACGAGCAAAUUUUGGAUGCGACACUUGCCAUGAUCUUCUUCCACUGCUCGGUUGGUGCGACCGAUGAUUAUCUUCCUGAUAUUCCAUGGAACGACCAUUUCCAGGCCGUGUCAAACUUGGUCAGCAAACUGGAUCUGACCAACAAGGUCAUUCCCUGUGGCCCUGUGUACACUGUGCCACCUUUCAGUAUGUCCCUGACCUCCUGGAUUGACAUAUUGGGUGCAACUAUGCUUGGUAAAACACCCGAGUUCGCCCAUUCAUAUCGCUCCAAGCACCUCAGUGGAACAUCCUCUGGUCUCCGAGAACUUAUGGGCUGUGAUGAUCGCAUUAUGUACCUGAUUUCGGAAAUUGCCUGCCUUGAAUCACUCAAAAUUGAGGGUCGCGUCAAUAAUAUCACUGUCUGUACGCAUGUGUCUGCUUUGGGAAGUCAGUUGGAAUUUACCGAAGACCCCAACGACCUACUGGAAAGCCCAUACUCGCCAACUGGGGCAAUCCGACCUGAAGCAUUGACGAAAGCAAUGACUGCCAUUUUCCGCAUCGCUGCCCGUAUUUACCUUUGCAGUUUGGUUCCUGGCGCCGACCGCAAUCAAACCAGCACCAUGAGCCUUGUUACCUCUUUGACAGAUACUCUCUCCUAUAUCCCAACCGGAGCCUUUGGAUUCGACCGCUCUCUGGUCUGGCCGCUUCUCAUUGCGGGAGCAUUCUCUACUCCCUCCAGUUCUUUCCGUCGGGUUUUGGAUGAUCGAAUUACAACAUUAGGAGAUCUUGCCGACAUUGGAAGCAUCGGUCGUAUGUAUCAGUUACUUACCGAGUACUGGCGUUUGAGUGAUGAUCCAGUCAAUCCCUAUGUCUCGCCGGAAGAGAGUGUGGGUGAGACAGGAUAUUCAUCUGCAGAUCAUGAUGCUCUUGUAUCGCCUCCACUUGCGUCCCCAGGAAUGCGGGAGAUCAAGAAGCAGCAAGUUCACUGGCGAGAUGUCAUGAUCCGAAACAACUGGCGCCAUCUUUUGAUUUGA